CCCUCACGCGAGGGGUGUCACAUUGAAACGCAACCAUAUCCAGAAAAUCCAGCCACAGUCAGUCAAUCCACUAAAUCCGCAGCACCGCUCCGACAAAAACACACGCUUGAAGGACAACCCCUUGCAGUUUACGCAGACAGGUCCAUAAGCGAGUCUCGUGUUCUGCUGUGAAUUCACGGAGGACAGCUUUGGAGUUGAGUGCCCUCUCGGUCCAGCAGCAUUAAGAAAGAGCAGCAGCAACAGGAAGCAAGCUGGACGGGGGGGAGGUGAGGAAGGACAAGGGCGCCGCCUUUGUCCUGAGACACAGAGUCUGUACCAGCAGUGAUACUACUGACCCCACCCACACUUCAGACGGCCAAGACACCAUGAGUGCCAGCGCAGAUCACAGGUUGGAAGGCCCCUCACAUAAUGGGUGUCUCUUUGCGAGGAGGGUGGUACAUGAAAAGGAGAAGGAAACGACUGAAAGAGAAGAGGAAGAAGAGGAUAAGAGCUCUGAUGAAGGCCUUUUGCUACAGGCGCACCAUGCCAUGGAGAGGAUGGAGGAGUUUGUGCACAAGAUGUGGGAGGGCAGAUGGCGUGUCAUUCCACAUGAUGUCCUCCCUGACUGGCUGAAGGAUAAUGAUUUCCUGUUGCAUGGGCACCGGCCACCCAUGCCCUCCUUCAGAGCAUGUUUCAAGAGCAUCUUCAGAAUCCAUACAGAAACGGGCAACAUUUGGACACAUCUUUUAGGCUGCCUGUUCUUUCUCUGUCUGGGCAUUGUGUACAUGUUCAGGCCCAAUAUGUCGUUUGUGGCCCCGUUCCAGGAGAAGAUUGUCAUCGGUGCAUUCUUCCUGGGGGCCAUUCUCUGCCUGUCCUUCUCCUGGCUCUUUCACACAGUCUACUGCCACUCAGAAGGGGUGUCCCGUGUCUUCUCAAAGCUAGACUACUCGGGCAUUGCGUUUCUGAUCAUGGGCAGUUUUGUACCUUGGCUGUAUUACUCUUUCUACUGCUCCCCUCAGCCCUGUUUCAUAUACCUGAUAGUGGUGUGUAUCCUGGGGGUCGCUGCCAUCACAGUCUCACAGUGUGAUUUCUUCGCCACACCACAGUACCGUGGAGUCAGGGCUGGUGUGUUUGUGGGUCUGGGCCUCAGUGGCGUCGUCCCCACGCUGCACUUUAUGAUCACUGAGGGCUUCCUGAGGGCCACCACCAUGGGUCAGAUGGGCUGGCUGUUCCUCAUGGCUGUCCUGUACAUCACCGGAGCCUGCCUGUACGCCGCACGCAUCCCAGAAAGAUUCUUCCCUGGCAAAUGUGACAUUUGGUUCCACUCUCAUCAGCUGUUCCAUAUCCUGGUGGUAGCAGGUGCUUUUGUGCACUUCCACGGUGUGUCCAACCUGCAGGAGUUUCGUUACACAGCUGGAGGAGGCUGUGCAGAGGAGGGUGGAGCCUGAGCCCCGUGUCCUGCGGUGCUUGAAAUGCACCACUAGAGGGAGACAACGUCCCUCUUUACCUUAGCCUCCAACAAGUGUUCCUCCUGCCCAUGAGGGGUAAACCUAAGAGGACAGCACUGAACUACAAAGAUACCCACCUUUAUUAUUUUUCUUUUUCCGUUUUUGGUUUGUUCUCUGUUUUGCCCCCUUAAAUAAAAUGCAUCAUGGGAUAAGGUGGACACAGGUUGAGGGUGGCAGUUUGUGUUUCCUAAGAUCAUACAUUGAUAAAGAAGAGUUUUUUUGGCUUGGUCUAUUGCUGUUUGAUGGUCUAUUGCUUUGUACAAGAAAAAGAGUUAAACACA